AUGGACGCUCUGUUUGGGGGGCGACAAAAUUUUCAUCCAUCUUACAUUUUUGAGACUAGUCUUCGCGAUGCAAAUGAUGAGAGCAAACAAUGCGACGAGUCGUUUCUUUCUGAUGCAAUUGGCAACGACGACGACCUUGAUGACCACGACUACUCCAAGGACCAGCGCGACUUAACAACAUCGGACAAUCCCAACGACGACCCCGUCGCCGACGAGUAUUGGACAGAGAACGAUACUGCCGAUCCUGGGCGGCAAGCCAACGCCCCACUUGACCACGAAGUUGAAGCACGUCACUCAGGCAAUGGCAAGGGAAAAUCCAAAGUCGUCCCACGUAAGUUCCCAACGCCGGAGAAGCGCCUGCCCCCUCGAAAGGACUUCUCAUCCAUGUAUAUGGUUGCGCAGAAUGAAACGACUCAGCUGAAACGUGAGAAGUUCGAAUACAUGAAAGAAAACAACAAGAGCAUUCAAGCUGCAGCCGCCGUCAUGGAUUUGCAACGUGCCAAGGCGUUAUUCGUCGAAAAAAUAGUAACGUCAGGUGUAGUGGGCGCAGAAAAAAUCCGCGAAUUAUUGUCGAUUGCGUUUGCGCAAGAAUAA